AAAAAUUUUUUCUUCUUUAACCUAAAUAAAUUUUGAAAAAAUUAAUUAGGUGACAAGAAUGAUGCUUUUCAAUAAAGUUUUUCAACCUCUUCCUUUUCAUUUUAAGCAUCAUCAUUAUUUUCCUCGGUUUUUGUCAAAUGCAUCAGCUUCAAAACCUCUUAAAAUAUUUCCAACAGGUUCAUUUGUUGAUUUAAGACAAAAUGGUGGAUAUUAUUUGGAUAAGACCCAUUUUAUUUCCGAAUUAGAGAAUCUUAAUUCCCCUGCUAUUCUUUCUCUACGCCCCCAUUGUUUUGGAAAAUCAUUAUUUCUCUCCACUUUGUCCUCUUAUUAUGAUAUAAAUAAUAAGGGAGAAAAUUUUGAACGGUUAUUUGGUGAUUUAUACAUUGGCAAAAAUCCCACUCCACUAGCAUCAUCAUUACGUGUCCUUAAUCUCAAUUUUUCUGAAUUUUAUAACAGUACGAAAACUUUUUAUGGAUUUUUGUAUUCAAAUAUUUUAAGAUUUAACGAAAAAUAUUACUUUAAGUAUAAAAAUAAAAAAACCAUAUUUGAGAAUUUUUCAGAUUUAUUGGAUAGAAAGCUUUAUAUUUUUAUUGAUAAUUAUGAUGCUACUGUGAAUGAACAUUCCAAUGAUCAAGAUCUUAAACAAUUUUACAGUAGUUUAAAAUAUGCUUGUAAUAACGGAUUAGUUCGUGUUUUUCAAACUGGUGUAAUUCCUAUUGGCACUGCUGAUCUUAACAAUGUGAUUAAUUUGACGCAAAAAAUAAAAUUUUGGGACCUGUAUGGAUUUAAGGAAUCAGAAAUUGAAUUCCUUUUAAAUAAUACUCUUGAAUAUGAUUUGUCAACUGAUGUUAAGGAAGGAAUAAUGAAAUGGUUAAAAAAGGAAGCUUAUGGGUAUUUUUUUCAUCGCUAUCAGAUUGAAGGUAUCUUCAACCCUGCUUGGGUUUUGUAUUAUUUUAAGAAAAUAAUGGAACAGAUGAAAUUUAUAGAUGAGGCUUUUUAUAAUAAUCAGGAUACUUCAGUUAUUAUUAAAGCACUUCUUGAUUUUCCUUCUGAUUCACAUUCAUUACUUUCUAUAGAAGCAUCAGAUUUGAUUGUUGAUGAUCCUCUUGGCAAAUCCAUCUUUAUGGAAGCAUCAAAUCAACUUGAAUCUGAAGAUAUAACACAGCAAUUUGACCAUACUAAUAUUGACAAGUUGACAACUGAUCGAAAUUCAUUAUUAUCAUUUAUGUAUUAUAAUGGUGUUCUUACAUAUCAACCCAAUUCAUUACAAUACAAGUUUCAAAUUCCUAAUAAUGAUGUUAAAAAGAAGUUUAUUGAAAAUGCACUUGAGAAUUAUGAUUGGAAAGAAAAGGAUUUAAUGUCAAUAACUAAAUGCUUACAAAUUUUGGAAGGAAAAUAUGAUAUUGAGCCACUCUGUCAAUUUGUAGAAAAAACAUUGCAUAAAUUAUUAAAGAAUAAUGAUCCAAAUGAAGAGGAUUUAAUACAAGCUUUUAUAGAUACUUUGAUUUUUACUUUUUAUGCAGAUAUUAAACCAGAAUUUUGGGUGAAUUAUAAUGUGGAUGAGAAAAUAAUUGAUUUGGUAAGGAUGAGUACAGGCAAAAGAAUAGCAAUUGAAUGUGAUAAUAUUAAAAUGGAAUGUAUUAAACUAAAUGAAAUUCAAGAUAAUACGGAGGAAACAACUAAAAUAUCAUCGUCAUUGUUAGAAAAAUCCGAAGACGAAAUUUUAAAACUUGAAAUUAAUGAUCCAAAUCAACCAAGCCUAAAGACAGUUGGUGAGCUGUUAGAAUGGAAGAUUAAAAAGCAAAGCAAAAAGUAUUUAGAAUUAUUGGAGAAACAAGAAGAUGAAUCCUUGAGAUGUUCCUUUAUUGUUUUAAGAAUUGGUUUGCAUCGUUUAAUUAGUAGAAAGGUUUAUUGCGAUGAUUUAAAGGAGAAUUUAGUUACCAAAUAAGAAUAGUAUGUUAACCUUGCAUAUUUUUUUCAGAUAAAGCACUUAGUAAAAAAGAACGUGAUAAAGCUAUUUCUUAUAUUGGAAUUAUAAAUUAUGUCAUAUCUUAUAUUAUUUAAGAUUACUAUACUGUAUAUUGAUACAAAUACAUUAUGUUCAACUCGAUAGACCAAAAAAAAAAAAAAUUGAUGGAUAACUAAGAGCCUUUGCGUAAUAUAUGCACCCCCAUUUAAGAUAUAGUGAAUUACAAUAUUAGAUCUCUUUUAUUAAGUGUAAUGUAAAAUUUUUGCUAACCCUCCGACCCCUAAAAUAUUGAUCUAAAAAGUUUAGUGAAUAAUCUUAUAUCUUAGAUAAAUGUGAUAUUGUAAAGUUGC